UUUUGACUUUAACUUUCAAAUCCUUCUGCAUUUGCAUAAAGUGCUUUUUCAGAGUUUAUCCACAGAUAUCACUCUAUAUUAAUCUCACAAAAUAAAGAGGAUAUGAAAAACACCUUCCCUGCACUUGCAGAGAUAAAUCAUUAGGAAUUUUGACGUGUUUGAGAUCAUUAUCCCCAGAUGGAAGCCACAUGAGUCUUUUACACAGGCGUAAUGCUUGCUUCCACAGUUUUGCAGCACAUAUUUUGCUUCUUAAAAAUAAAUUCUAAAAACCUGGCUUCAUAUGUGCUAACAUGAGAGCAGAGUAUAACUACAGCUUUGCAGAGAGGACAGAUUCUUUCUUAGUAUCUUGUGUAAUAAAAUGGAAUUAUUAGUUUCAAUCAGUUGGGAUUAUUAGGUUCAAUCAGUCCUACAAACUGCUUUUGAAAUCCCAAACUUGACCUUCAUCAUUUAAGUUAACACUCAUUUUGUAAUUGCAUUAUGAAUUUAGUCAUAAACUCUACAGAGUGAUAAGCAUCUACUUCAAUGUUCUCAUUGAUGAAAUUUAAUGGAACGGGGUUGGAAGAGUUAAAGUACACCUAAAGGAGAGAGACAUUAAUUUCACAGCUUUAAACAAGUCAAAACAUCAAGAUGCUACAGUGAAACUUUCAACAUUUUGUCACAUUAAGGGGACAAACCUUUGUGUACAAUGUAAUAGUGCAUAUAUGUGAAGUGGUGCUAAGGUAAGUCAUUGUCUUAAAAAAUUAUAUAAAGUAAAAAUCUGAAACUUGGGGUGUGCUUUGGUCCCAAACUCUUUAUUCUCAUACAUAAAUGAUCUUGAUUGUUAAUAAUUGUCUUCAGAAAUUACAUAAUUAGUAAAAGAAAGUCUACCUUUCUAUAAUAUAAUUUCAUAGUAAUUACAGUUGUUCUGUGAUGUUUUUCAGAAGUUUGUUAAGAAAAUUAUGGAAAAAAUUGUUUUUACUUCCCAGUAGCAAUUUAAGAGACAUAUUAACAUGCAAAAUAUCUGUUGUGAAUUGUGUUGUGAAUGUGAAAGUAGCUAGUAGAUAGUAGUAGAAAUUGAUGGAGAUGAACACAGAAUGUUGCUUUUCAUCUAAUCUGACAGAAUUGAGUCGUUUUACAAAGCAGUAGAGAAAAUGCUGCACUUUCCUUCAGUCUGUGCACAUGAAAAAAUAAAUAAAUUACAUUCAUGUUUGUAACUAUAACAAAAAAAAAAAUCUGUAAAUGUUCAGUGUAUGAAAACUAUUAUGAGGCCAUACAAAUAAGAUCUGGGACCUUUUUUUUGAGAACUAAGAGUUCAGAUCUUUCUUUCUGAACAAGCUUUAGGUGGUCAUGCUUUUCCUUUACUGUUAUAUGAAGAUUAUUACUUCACAAACAAAACAAGUUGUAAAUGAUGCUCUGAUUUAAGGUUUAUAUGUUCAGGGAACUGAAUUCAUUUUGAACUCUACUUCUAUGGGUAGUAAAAAUUUCAACCAAUGUCAUUUGCUAACUUGUAUUUCCAAAUAAACAUUAAGAAACUAUAGAAUUUUUGUGUUUGCUUUACUUUGCUAUUGUUUCUUCACAAUCUUGUAAUCAUGGAGACAGAAAGACAUGGAGGUAAAGGGGCAGGGAGGAAGAGGAGAUCAGGUUUCUCGGCAGCUCUGUACCCUAAUCCUGGAUUUGGAAACGGGAUGAGAAGAACAUAGGUAAGUACAAACAACAAGCAAUUACAGCACUGACAUAGAAUUGAAAGGUGGGGGGAGAGCAGCUAGACAGGAAACGGGGAAUCUCAUAGGUUGUGAGAGGGGUUGGUUUGAUGUAGGUGGGAUAUAAAUACCUGCAGUAGUCUAGGGCAGAAAAAUGCUGAGGGCAUGACAGAUGCUGACUUCCAUUGAUCGACGAAGGUUAUAACAGACCGGCAGGGCUGCAUUGUUUAGCUCUCAUUAGAGGAGACUCACAUUUCAGCAGGUGUAAUAGUGAUUUAAAAUCGAAAAUGAACCAUUUUGGUAUUCACCUCGUUUGAGGGUAGGGUUCUGCUUAAAACUUUAAAGAGUAACCUCUCGCAGUUUUCUUCCCUCAUAUUCCCAAGUGUCUCAAGGGAAAUGCAUGCUUGACUGAGCCAGAGAAAAAAGGACAAGAACAGAAGACCAUACUCGAGGUGUAAGACAACUAACGCAGCCAGAAAAAGACAGCAGAACAAGAGAGGCCAAAGAAGACAAGAAGGAAUCUCAAGAAAGAAGGCAAGAUGACAGAUUUUAGGAAUGCAAUUUAGAGAAGAAAACAUCAAUGGAAGACAAGACCAAAUAAAGUGAGUUAUUGUGCUUUAAAUGAAAGAAAGCUUUUUAAGAGACAAACAACAGUUAACACUAAGACAGCUAAAGAAAGCCAAAGAAACAUGGCGUGUCAGGGAUUUGGUGCUGAUUCCUUCACCCCGCUGGCAGGCGAUUCACCCUUACCAAUCCUCAUGCACCAUGGCUCCACCGGUGACUGUUUACCAGCCACAUCCCAUGCUCACAGUAUGGUUUCUGCAGUAUCGUCAGGAUUGUCCCUGGGUCAGACCUCUAAGAGGUCCCACAUGCACCUGUCCACUUCCUCUCUUGGGAAUGCGCUCAGUAACGCUCCUCCAAGUUUGCAUUACCCAGUCGCCCCUUGUCAUUACAGCAACCAGCAAGCAACCUACGGCAUGAUGACAGCCCAGGAGAUGCUUUCUGCUAGUUUAUCUCAGACUCGUAUCCUGCAGACCUGUGGUGUCCCUCACCCCAACAUGGUGAGUGCUGCAAAUCCAUUACAAGGCUCUCUGACUCCUUGCAUAUAUAAGUUCCCAGAUCAUGGACUCAGUAGCAGCUCUUGUGCUUUAAGCCACGGUUUUUCCUCGCUGCCGUCUACACUCCUUUCAGCUGACGAGGUCUCUGGGGGCCCUGGCGGAGAAGUGAAAGGUGACGCACAGCGGAAAGGGAUGCGGGAGCAGGAAGAAGCUCCACCUAUGGACUCCCCACAGAUACGAGAACUGGAAAUGUUUGCUAAUGACUUCAAAAUACGCCGGAUCAAACUGGGCUACACUCAGACUAAUGUAGGCGAGGCUCUUGCCGCAGUGCACGGCUCAGAGUUCAGCCAGACCACGAUCUGCCGCUUUGAAAAUUUGCAGCUGAGCUUUAAGAACGCCUGCAAACUCAAGGCCAUUCUGGCAAAAUGGCUUGACGAGGCUGAGCUGGCUGGUGCGUUGUACAGUGAUAAAACUGGAAUGAAUGAGCGGAAGAGGAAAAGGAGAACAACCAUCAGCCUGGGAGCAAAGGAAGCCCUGGAGCGAAGCUUUGUGGAGAAAACUAAGCCAUCCUCUCAGGAAAUAGCCCGGAUAGCCAUAGGCCUCCAUCUGGAGAAGGAGGUGGUCAGAGUCUGGUUUUGCAACAGACGCCAAAGAGAGAAACGUGUCAAAACAAGCCUCAGCCUGAGCUCCUGCUUGACCAAAAUCAGUCCAAACUGUCUCACACAAAUAAGUAAAACCCAAAGACCACUUACGUAAACUGAAGUGCUAAAGUGGCUUCUGAGCUAAUGCGACGGAGGCUCUUUCAUGACCACAACUUUCCUGACAGCUCCAACAGUAAAUAAAUUCAGAAACAUUCAGGAAUGGAAAAGCAUUUACAAAAACCUUUGUAUAAAAACAUUCCUUGUGUUUCUUGUAUUAACUAUGAAUGUACUGAAAUCUAUUAGAAAUUAAUUCAGUUAAACAGUCCCUUGCAAAAAAUAUCCAUACCUUCAUACAACACAUUAUUCAUCGAGAAAAAACACAAAAUGGUACCAAAUUAUGAAGUGAAAGGAAAAUGACAAAUGAUAUUCACACUUUUUAACAGAUGGCAUCAAGUCUGAGUUUUUUAUUGUGUGUUUUUUCUCAGCUUUACUGAGGUAAUACAUUUGAGAACCAACUUUAAUUGUUACAGCAGCAAAUCUGUUCAGGUAUGCCUCCAGUGGCUUUGCACACCUGAAGACAGAUUUUUUUAUUUAUUAAUUUAUUUUUUUCAGUUGAAGCUCAUUUAAAAUGAACCACACUGAACCACAGUAAAAGCUAAUCACCCAAUUUGAUUUUCUCUGAAGGCACCGUGCCUUUAAAGAUCAGCUGAGUGCCUUUCUGAAAGCUUUAAUCUUCCACACUGUCCUUCAGCUUGUGCUUAUUUGUUCCAAGAAAAAGUGAAAAAAAAAAUAUUGAUGAAAUUUCCAUCUAUCUCUUUUUUGACAUAUUUAUGCUCUUCAUUCGGAUGUUUUGUCUUGCCCUAUCUUAAUCAAACUACUUGAAAAAAUGUAGCUGAAAUUAAAAAAAACCUCUAUAAUAUAUAUUUCAAUUUUGACAACAACCUAUUUAUUUGAAAACUAAUAUAUUUCAUAUGUUUUGCUGUAAUUUGUUUUUUGAUUGACAAUUUAGAGUUAAAUAUCAAACUUUUAGACAGUAUAGAGCUUUUUAGUCUGUUAUUUCUGAGAUGUUUUGAUUUUGGUGUUGCUUUGUGUUGCUUUAACGUGUCAUACAAUGGGAAUCAUCAGCCAGCGCUGACCCUGACCCUGUUGGACUGACUGAUGUAAAAUGUCCAAACUCUGACAGUUUGGACCUUGUAUAACUGUAACUACAACUUACAUCAAGCGCGAGAAACUGCGGUCUGGAACAGCUUGAUAUUGAUUUAUGAGAUCGAUAUAUAUGUUACAUAAAAUGUCAGCAAGACUGAUAGACAGUUUCUUUAUUCUUGCAAAAAAUGUCCAGUACUCAUUUGGUAAAAUGAACAGGCUGUCUGAGUAGUGGAUACUGGAAUGUAAUCUAGGUUCAAACGGUGAAUUGAGUUUUAUGAUGAAAUAUUUCACCUGUGCCAAGUCUUGUUUUUAUGACUCUAUUAUCAAAUCAAUGCACACAUUAGGGAGACAGAGUGGGGAUUCAUAAAUAAAACCAGCCGACGCCUUAAUUCAGGGACAAACUGUUUCCGUUGUGACUUAUGUUGGGUUAUAUAACUCAAGUGCUGCCAGGGGAAUUAAAUGCGGCAGGGUUAUGGACUGCCAAUGCAAUUCUCAGGGUGUGAAAAGUUAAAGACAAGUUAUGCCUUAAAGAGACUUGGUGAAAAGCUUCUUUGGCAAGAGUGAAAGUGCCUUUGUGUUAUAGAUGCUGGCUCUAGGGGUAGUGUUACAAAUUUAUAAGUUAGUCCUAAGGUCUCUUUUAACUUUCUAUACAUGUGAGAUUGCGUGAAUAGUUAAAAUGCAGGAAAUUUCAAAGCUAAAUUCAACAAAUUAUUAUUACCUGCUUUCUGUCAUACCAUGUAAAUAUUUGAUGCUAUCAUGAAGGAAACACAUCAUAGUUCUCAUAUAUAUUGCUUAAGCAACAAAAUACUGUUUUCACUAAAGAAUGCAUGCAAUCUUUUGUCAGUGCAAACCAUGCUGGUGUCUGUUUUUUUUUUUUUUUUGUUUGUUUUUUUCAGAGUUGUCUGUAAACAACCUCUAAAAGUCAAGUUAUUCUGUGGCUGUGCAGUCAUGAUCAAAACCUUUAAGACAAAUGUAGUUGCUCCAGAUUUAUGGCUUCAGUUUUGCUUAAUCGUUUUUCUUUCAAUGUUGUAUGUUUAUGGUACACAGAAGUGGAUAAUAAACAUUUUAUCAGUUCAAAAGGUUUUUAUUAAGAAAUGCAUCAAGUUUAUACAAAGCAUUGCAAAGGUUCUCAGUGGGAUUAAGAUCUGAAUAAUGCCCUGGCAAAUUCUAUAUUUGACCUUGAGCCACUCAGUUAUCAAUUUUUCCCUGGAACAUGCUCCACAACCAUGCUGGGGAAAACAUUGCUCAUCACUACUUUCCCCUUGGACGAUGUUUCGUUGUAAGUCUUUGUUCGUAGCAAUGUUUUUGGGUAAAAUUGUAAGUCCAUUCCCUUAGAGAAGAGACAAUCCCCAGACUAGAAUGUGCUCAGGCAAUUCACACAGCAUGACACAAGAUUCAUGGUGAGGUUCAUAGUUUUAACAUUUAACCGGGGCUGGUUAAAUGUUUUGUUUUCAGAUGUUACAAGAAAACAAAACAUUUAACCAGCCCUGGAGUCCAGUCCUGGCGUACAUUUUGUGGAAUAUUAUUUUCUUCUUGAUUUUUCCUUUGAGUUGAAACUGCACCAUUGAGGUCCUGACACCAGCCCAGCACCCAAAUGUUUUACCUUAAACAAUCACAACACUGCAGAAGAAAUGAUCACUUACUUGAAUCCUUUUUACAAUAAUAACAGUUGCUCAACUUUCUUGGUUUGCUCUCUGCAUUGCAAAUAAGGGUUUUGGAAUUACUGUAAUUGAUUCACUUACCAAAUAAUUGCAUUUCACCCUAUCUCUCUCCAGUUACAUUGCUUGCAAAUUCAUCUUUAAACUGUCUUUGUAAUGGCACCAUAUGAUGGAAAUGUUGGUAAAGGCUGGCAUAUAUACAGAAAUGAGCCAAAAUCAUUAGCUUGUCAACAUACUUCUAAAAAAAACGUUCUUUGUAUAUAUUAAUGUGCAAACUAUAUUUUGUAGGAAUUUAGGCUUACAACAGGGAUACAUUAUAAGUGAGUAUUUUUCUCAGCAUUUUUCUAAUAAGGAUGUUGACAUGAAACUCACACUAGAUGUCAGCAACAACCAAACUACAGUUUUUCUCAGUCGCUGAGUUGGUGCAUUUCUCAGAACAGAACUGAAAUUCUCAAAACUACUUGUUCAAUUUUCAAAUCAGUGUCAUUGUACACAUAAAAAGAUAAUUUCUUGUUCUUUUCAACAAAUUGCAAAGGUUUUGGACAUCAGACAGGUUACUACGCUCAGUUCUCUGCUUCUUCCUACAUUUUCAAUUGCUUUUGUCAUGUUGAUCAAAAUGUAUUAUACAGGUCUCUGUUGAAUUGUCCCAACCUCCACAAUAUUUAAGCAUUAUUUCAUGCCAUGCAAAAUGCUAGAGCAAGUUACCAUAAUAUGUCAAGCAUAUAUCUAGAUAUUUCCAUUAGAUGUUUUACUUUUUCUAAAUCUGGAAAAGUUUCCAGAAAAGCCAAUGCCUCACCAGUAAUGAUCAUCACCACAGCUCACUGACUUUAGAGUGACACAGUACAGAGAGCCAUUUUAGCCAAAAUUAAAUAAAUAAAUAUAUAGGGAAAAUAAGCAGCAGAAUAUUUGGACAGUUCAAGGUAACACUGGUAGAAUAAAGUCUGAUGAGAUGCAUUCAGUUGAACUCUUCAGAUGUCCUUUUAAAUACCAUAUUUGGAGAAGAAAAUUACCACAAAAACAUUUUCUGGAGUAAUGUGGGGGUGGUAACAUUAUUGUUUCUGGCUGUUUUUCCAACAUAUGGAACUGACAUCAUGUAAUCAAAGGAAUGGUGUAUAUAUAAAUGUACUGAGGCAUUCUGGGUAAGAAGCUGAAACUGAAAUAAAUGAUC